AUCCAAAUCCUUGUUUUUUUUCAUUUGGCCAGCACGAAACUCGAGCGGAAGACAUCUGUAACGGUUGCUCUGUUCGGUUCCUUCAGAAGCUAUAUACAUAUAAACUGUUUAGGAGAGAGAAGAGAUGGGUUCUAUGUUCAGUGGAAACAGAUUGAGCAAGGAAGAGAUGGAGGUGGUGAUGAACAAAGCCAAAGAGAUCGUCUCCGAGUACCCAGUCGUUGUCUUCAGCAAGACUUACUGUGGCUAUUGCCAGAGGGUGAAACAGGUGUUGACGCAGCUAGGUGCAACUUUUAAAGUGCUUGAGCUCGAUGAGAUGGGUGAUGGAGGUGAGAUCCAAUCAGCUUUAUCUGAGUGGACUGGGCAGAGCACUGUUCCUAAUGUUUUCAUCAAAGGCAAACAUAUCGGUGGAUGUGAUAGAGUGGUGGAGAGUAACAAGCAAGGGAAGCUUGUGCCUCUACUUACUGAAGCUGGUGCUAUCGCCAAUAACUCUUCCCAGCUUUGAUGAAACUCUGAUGUCUUGUAGAGUGAAAGGAAGUGAAGAAAGAGUGUUGUGUUUUAUAUUGUCAAAAGUAACCAAAUAAAGAGAGAUCCUUUGUUGUGUUGUUGUUGUUAACUUUGCUUCAAACAAAAGACAUCAGAUCUGUGUUGUUUAUGCUGUGGUUUGGUUAAUGAAGGACUAAUUUGAGUCGA